UAUUAACUCACAAUAUUCGGGCUAUAAAUACAGCUGAAAUUGAAAUCCACAAAUCGUUGAACCCGCCAAAUGAAAGAGCAACAAACACCAACCAAACUCUCUGCACCUCGCUCCGCAGAGAAUCGCACCGCAAGAUCCAAUGACUUUCCGUCGAAGAAAUCCAGAAAGAUCUCAAACAAGAGCGUGAAUUCUUCAUCUGCUUCGUUUUCUGAAGAAUCGGUUGAUUUAUCGCUGAUUUCUGAGAUCACUGAAGAAAAUCUCAACGAAGAUGUUUCAACUUUCUUGUUGGAAGAACCUUCUUCUGUCACUUUGCUUCAGCCUGAAAAGAAAACCGACACAGGGGAGAAUAGUUCCAGCAAUUGCUUUGAUGUGUGUGAAUUUGACAAAUUCACUUCUGUGGAGGAUGAUAUCACUGUGAAUUUUCUCAAAAAUUUUAAACCAGAUGAAAUCCUCCCUUUGGACAAUGCUGAUCCUCCGUAUAAGAAGCUUAGGGAUGAGAUAAUUGAGUAUGUUUUGCAAGAUCUCAGACGCGAUGCACUGCCAAAGGAGGAAAUUCAGAUGCAAUCGCAACCUCAAGUGGUUUCGCGGAAGAAGAAACCAUUUCUGUUUCUAUUUGUCAUUUUGUUCAUUGCACUAUUAGCUAUUCUUUUCUUCACUCCUGAUGAUGAUUGUAGACUGGUGCCAACAUGAGCCAUUUCACUGAGGUUGAUUUUCUAUUCAUUGAUGUGCAAGUGAUACAAUAUCCGUUCUUAGACUUGAGGUGAUUUUGUUUGUUCUUAAUUUGUAUUAGUCUUUUGAUGGAAGGUUUAUAAUUGCAUUCAUAUACUUGGAUGAUGUGGCUGUUAAUGCUGUUAGUAGGUGUUGAAAAUGUAUAUUCGAAAGCCAGUAGUUUUCUUUGAUUAUGUUAUUAUGAUUCAAUUGUGCUCAUAGUUUGUGUACUCAUAUAUUUUUCUUUGGGUCCAUACCUCAUUUUAUUGAUGGAAGUGUUAUGUAGGCAUAGUUGCUUAAUCAUCUCAGCAAGCCAGUUCUUAUCAAGCGAAACCAUAAAUGUUGGUUCAAUUUGAACACAUCAACAUCAUGUAGAAACACAAUGUGCUUUA